CGAGUACGCACCGGUCUUCGCAAGAGCGUCAAAAUUUCUUGAAAACAAGGAGUUUCUGACUUCGGAGUGGGAGUUGCUGAGAGCGGGGUUGUCAUCAUAUGUUUGAGUAAGAUGGCGAAAAUCUCGCUGGAUAGCUAUCUGCCCAAGGUGGAAACAUUUCUGCUGGAGUCGACGAGCGCUUAUUCGGUCGAUGAUUUGAUCCAGAGAGCUUGUGAGCUCAGUGGAAUCACGCCCGUUUACCGGUACUUGACAACGCUCUACAACUUGGACGAGAGAGUUUUCUUGAGCCCCCACCAGACGGUCGGGGGCGAUGGGAGACAAUAUAAUCUCCAGCUGCGCAUCAGGUUCCAUCCGAUCAAGACGGAGCUCUUGUUAGAAGACAACGUCCUAGAUUUUUAUUAUUACCAGCUUCUGGAUUACCUCUUGAACGAGUUCAAAUUGAAAGAGCCGAACCCUGAGCUAGUCAGUCAUCUCAUCGGUCUAGUCGCGGUGGAUUACGUCAAGCAACUGGUGGAAAACAAUGAGACGCCCAGUAACGAUAGAAGUGCCGACUUUCUUCAGUCGAUCACCUUUCCCCCGAGCUGGAAUUUCUCGUGGUGGAAGAAGAGGGUUGUGAAAAAGUUCUUCAUCCAGAACGUACAGCGGUGCUACGAGAAUUGUAAACGAGAUCUCCGGUACAUCGAGACUGCCUUUAUCGACGGAAUCUGGGAAGUUCUACUCGAGAGUCGUCAAGAAGACUUCAAGGUUCGCGUUUUCGACAACGAGACUGUUCAUCAAGCCGAUGUGAUUGUUGGCCACCUGUCGUACUGCACGGCGGAAGCGAAAGAGGGUCCUUUCCUCAGAAUUUUCCGGGAUCAGCAAGAUGAUAGACGCUUCCCGAUAACGCAGAUGUGUUACAUGAACAUCGUGAAUAAAAAUCUGUUGGAAUUGAACGUCCGCGACGAGCAUCCAAUCUACCUCGCUCUCGAGGAGAAUCGACUCGUCGAGCUCGUGACACUCAUUGAGGGUUACUAUCGUAUGACCGGACGUUUCACAGCUUUUCUGUGCCCCAACAUCCAACCGCCCUCGAUCGUCGCAAUGAAGAAGCGCAAAAUCCACGGUCCAAUCAAGAGAGCGGUUGCGGAGAACAUUCUGCACGAAAUCAAAGAUCAUAGGGGGUGCUUCUUGGUGCGGCAAGAUCGUCAACUUUAUAGAGUCUAUCACGUCGAUAUCCUUUCGCCAAACGGCCGCGUGGUCUCGAGCAGAGUUAUCGAGACGAAUGAGGGCCACUUCAAAUUGAAGGGAGACUCGGAAGAGAAUGCUUUCGUUCAGCUCACUGAUCUUGUCAACGCGAGGCUGACUCCAGGCUUGAAACUUUAUCAUUUGGCACCUUGUGACUACAAGAAGACAGGCCUGCAACUUUGUAAGGAGAUCCCAGAGGAGGAAGCCGGUGGUGAGAACGAUGGGAAGGGUCUCCUCCUCAAUCGAUAUGUCUUAGCUCGGAUGGAAGGGACAGUUCUGCGGAGCAGCUGGCAGCAGAGGGUGCUCAAGGGCACUUAUAGAAAUCGUGUGGUGGUAUACCGCAUCCUCCUGGACAACAGCCUCCUGAGGAGUUUUCUCGACAAAGCGGAUGAGAUAGUCAACUGGAGAUGUCGUGAAAUCGUUCCCGUACUCGGCCUCGGAGUUCAUCCAUACAAUUGCUUAGCAUCGGAAUUCAUACCUCUCGGGUCACUCGAUCUCUACUUAAAAAACUCCGGGGAGGACCUCACGAUUGGUGAUCUGGGCGAUGCUGCCCUGUGUUUGGCAAAGGCAGUAUGGUAUCUGGAAGAACAAGGCUUCGUUCACGGCAGGAUCCGCUGUCGCUCUGCUUUCGUAGUCGACCGAUCAGAAAACUCGUUCAAGGUCAAAUUAGGCGAACCGGGACUGCAGGUGUACAACGAGGACGACGUCCCUUGGAUCGCCCCGGAAUACCUCUCUGUGAUGGAUUCGGUCGCACACGCUCAGAAAGCAGACCUUUACGCUCUCGGGACAACCAUGUGGGAGAUUUUCCACCAGGCGGAAAGUCCUUUCAAAUUGGUUUCUUACGAGGAUGCGAAAGCAUUCUUCGCGAGCGGAAACCGCCUGUCGCUUGCGGAAGUGCCUCAGGAAUUCUGCCCAAUCAUAUCGGACUGCUGGCACAGCGAUCCGGAAAAGCGCAGGGUCCCGAAAGAGAUCGUGCGCACCAUACAUCAGCUACUUUAUCAAACGUACAAGCCUGGGAAGUACAACACUUACGCUCAGAUCGACUUCUCGAAAAUGAGCACGGUCAACCCGGCGCCGCCCCCGUUGCCCUCCCGGUCGAAUCGGGAAUCCAUCAGAGAUCUCCGGAGACGAGAUUCAGUGACGAGUCAAUCAACCAUAGCGAGCAGGAAAGGAUGGAAGCAGAGCAAGUUCCUCCGAUUACUGUUGGGGAAAAGUAAGGAAUACGACACCCUGUCAACGGUCAGCUCUCUCGCCCUGUCGCAAGUCACGGUCGACACUGAAAUUUGCGACGACAACAUAUUCAGCUGCGAUAAUUCCGAGGGCAAUCAAGAAGAGAAGCUAUGCGAUGUCUCGAAUGAUGAGACUUGGCUCAUCCAGAGGAGUGACAUCAAAAUGGGAGAGCUUGUCGGUCAAGGAUUCUACGGGACUGUUUUCAAAGCAUUUCUGACGCGGAGCUCGGGCGAACCGCAAACUGUCGCCGUCAAAAGAGUGAAAUCCGCGGUUAGAGACGGUAAUCAGAAGGAUCUCGAACGAGAACUAGAUAUCAUGAAACAGCUCCAACAUCCAAACAUCGUUGAAAUCAUCGGACUCAUCGACGAGGGAGAGAUGUUCCUGGUCAUGGAGUUCAUCGGUAUGGGUGCAUUGCCGGCCUAUCUCGAGGCCAACAAAGAGAAAUUGAGCCAUCGUGAGCUCAUCAAGUUCACCCGUGAUGUUGCGAGCGCUAUGGAGUACCUGGAGAGCAGGAAGAUCAUCCAUCGGGAUCUGGCUGCGCGUAACAUUCUUGUUCAGUCCGAGACGUGCGUUAAAUUGAGCGAUUUCGGACUCGCACAUACCCUCUCCGAUGCGGACUAUUAUACGAUCAAGUCCAUGGAUCGCAGCCUCCCGAUAAAAUGGUAUGCACCAGAAUCCAUCCUGUUCAACAAAUUUACGAUGAAGAGCGAUGUUUGGAGCUUCGGUGUCGCCAUCUGGGAAAUGUUUACUUUCGGGAUGGAUCCCGUCGUGAAGUAUUCAGACAAUCCCACGGAGAUCGGGAGAGCCCUCAUGGACGGACAUCGCUUGCCCUGCCCGGAUAACUGUCCCCCGGAUGUGUAUCUGAUGAUGGAGCAAUGUUGGAGAUCCGACCAUAACUUGAGACCCAGUUUCGCCACGCUGUUGGCAACCUUCCAGAACAUGGUCGAAUCGACCGGGUGA